AUGCCUCUGGCACUCCUCACUUCUCACUCCCUCCAAGCCCACAUAUUCAAGAACCUCUCCCUAAUCUUCCUUAGCGGUUUUUUCCUGCCGAUAUCGACAGUGAUCCUUCUCUUUAGUCUCCUAAAAGAAUGUCUCUGGCCAAGUCCCGAUGCCCUCCUUCUCCCGCCGGAAAAGCGCAAAACGGUAAUGAUUAGUUCCCUAGCGACGGCGAAGGGGUUAUCAUUAGCGCGGAGCUUUUACCUUGCGGGCCACAGGGUCAUCGGCAUCGACAUCGCUCGCGGGGGAGAAAUUUCAAGCGGGAGGUUUUCGCAAGCCCUGGACGCUUACUACGUCAUUGACUCUCCAGUCUCUGAGGAGGACGGGGGACAGCAGGGGUACGAAGAUGCGCUGCUGAAUAUCAUCAGGAGAGAAAGUGUGGAUCUGUGGAUCUGUGUAUCAGACGUGGUAAGUACCGUCGAAGACGCAGUCGCCGGAGAGAGGAUCCGUAAGGAGACCGAAUGUGCAGUUUUCCAGCCAUUGCCAGAGACCUGCCGAACACUCCACCACAAGAACCUCUUCAUCCAACACACCGGCAAAAUCGGCCUCAACACCCCAGAAACCGUCUGUGUUACCAGUCGCGCCGAAGCACUGCAGUUUAUACAAGCGAAGGAACUCAGUGGGAGGAAGUAUACACUCGAUAGCAUAGCCCUGAGCAAUGCUCCCCAACCCCAUUCGGACAUGAUGUUAUUCCCGCACCCUAUAGCGGAGGAAUCGAAAGCCUACAUCUCCAAGCUCCCAAUAAGCACUAAUCACCCCUGGCUUUUCCAGGAGCACAUCACCGGACCCGAAUUCUGCACGCAUACCGUUGUAUCGAACGGGCAGUUGCGCGCGUUCGUGGGGUGUCCGUCGUCGGAGCCACGGAUGCACUACCAGGGACUAGAGAUCUACAGCGAGCACUCGUUGAAGCUGCAGGAGCUCGCGCGGCGGUACGUGAAGAGUUUGGAGAAUGGGUGCUUGACCGGACAAAUCUCCUUCGGCGUUCUUGUGAGUGGGGGUGAAGACGGUGAACUAAAGUUAUUCCCGAUCGAGUGUAAUCCAAGGGCACACAAUGCUGUUGUGUUAUUCGAGGACGCUCCGGAGGAACUAUGCGGCGCUUACUUAUCCCUCCUUGAGCCGGUGUUGGGGGAACAGAGCGGGGUCUCGGGCGCGAAGUGCUUUGUCCCUAACAAUACCGAGGCGGAGAAGUACUACUGGUUCGGACACGAUCUCGUCACGCUCUUCCUCCUCCCCUUGUUGGAGGGGGAGCGGGUGGCGGAGGGCUUGCGGGAAUUCUUCACGCACCUGUUUUCGUGGAAGGACGCCACGUUCAGGACGUGGGACCCCGUGCCGUUUUGGUGGCUCUAUCAUGUCUACUGGCCCACGUUUUUUUGGCAGUGCCUGAUUUCCGGGACUAGGUGGAGUAGAGUUGAUGUUAGCACUACAAGAGUUUUUGAGAUGUGA